AUGUCAGCGAAAGUUGUUGCCAAGUGCUUUUGGCAUCAUGAGGUGGAAGAGGAGCUGAGAGAACGUGGUUUAAGGGAGGAGUGGGUUUUUACAAGUAACCAGAAUGGUGAAAACACUGGAACCCAUGAUGAUGUAAUGGAAUUUGUGGACAGAAAACGUUGUGAGGAACUGUAUCAUCAUGUAUGUUCUCCUAACUGCAAGGAAAAGGGUAAGAAUGUCUGAUGCAUAGACUUACUAAUUAUAAAAUGAGUUGUCAGGUUGGGUCCUCUCAUGACAACCAUGAAUGUUUGUUAUUUGGACAUCUUGAAUGUUUGUUAUUUGGACAUCUUAUAAAUUUAAUGUCUAAUCUACAUGUGUAUUGAUUAUUCUAAGUCAACCAGAACACUGCCAGAUGUUAGCUUAAAGUACAAUGAAUUUAAUAGCAUAUCGUAUGUAGUUUGCAUAAUUUAGAUUGUGCCAAUUAAAACUGGAUAUGCCAAUUAAAACUGGCACACUCAGGGACCACCUUAAAUGGAACAGAUAAAUGUUAACCUUGCCUGAGCCUCAUUUUAAAGAUUAUUUCCACUCAGGAUAUUGCUUUGUUGGUCAAAAUUAAAGGUUUACUGUUGUUUAUCGAAUAUUUAUAAAGAAUUAUAUUUAUUUGCCCAUAGCAGUGAGUGUGAGAAAAAACUGGAAAUUCAUUCCAAUUGAGGUGGUCAUAUUAAAUAAGUCUGUUUCUUUACCACCAUCAUUAUGAACAUGUGUCUAUAUAGUGUGUUUAAAAUAUAAACAAACUUAACUGAUUAUUCUCCCAUAUGUAUUUUGAUUUUGUGUAGGGUGUGGGAAACUCUACGUUGCAGAUGGAAACUGGAAACUAAGAUAUGCACAUUGCAUGUGGAAAGUUCCAGUUUCUGUACCAGAUUUUGGGAAUGUCAACUAUCCUAACAUUUGUCCACUUUCACCUAAACGAGGCCAUGCUUUUUGUGACGUCCAUUGUGACAAGGCAAAAUCCAUGGGGUAUGGAACAGAGUUAAAGAAGUUGUACGACAGUUGUGGAGUUGCUGGUGUAGAUAUUGGAGAAGGUAUAUAAUUAUCACUGCAAACCAUAAAAAUUAAGUGCAUUUCCAACAUUAAUUUAAGACCCCCGCCUUAGGAUAGUUUUACUGAAGUACAUUUCUUAUUCAUUUCUUAUUCAUUUCAGAUAUGAAAAACAUAAUAUUCUAACACAUUUAAUUCCCAGCUAUUGAGUAUUGGGUAAAAAUGGUUUGCAAAUUUAACACAUUUAAAGCUGGAAAAUAAUGUACCUAAAGUACACCAAAUAAACUACAGUAGGUGUGGAGUGGCUUACUUUUAACAAUGUUGUAUUGUACACAGUCAAAGAUAACUUGUCAAGGGGAAAGUAAUGCACACAAAUGGGUUGAAUAAGCAUUACUAAUUUGCUAUUGAGUAUUAGCAAUUCCUAGUAAUUGUGUUCUAUUUUCUUACGUAAAUUUUGUUUGUUUUUAUCCUUUUUAGCAUUGGAUGAAAUGUCAAAACAGCCAUUGCCAUUGUUGUCUGGUAAGAAAAAUCUUUAUUUUACUAUUCGAGAAAUGCAGAUCAGAGUGGUACUAAAAUCUAUUCAGUAACAUUCUUUUGUAUCAUAUUUAAAAUUAGGCAUCUGGGAACAAUAGUAUCAAUGUCACAUUGUAUUGGGAUUAGCCUGCAUGCAGUUUACAAGUUCCUGAUAUUUUAAUAAUACAUUCGACAAUGACACAAACUUGUAGUCUGUAGCUUGUGUUAAAAUACACAGGGAUAGAAUUUGAAGUGUACAAUUUUAUGUUACGAUAUCAUGUCUCUUCUAGGCGCACUCUUAUAACCACAAUUUAUAAUAGAAAAUGUUGAUACUGUAAUAUUAAUUGUUGAUCUUCUAUAAUAUUCGGAUAUAAGGGCAUAUGCACCUUUAUCUGCAGUGCACUUAUAUGCAGGUUACUAAAGUAGUGGUUAUUACCAUCAAAUAUUUGGGGGGUUUUAGCCAAUUAAAAUAAAAUAGUUUUUUAACCUAUAAAUGGUUUUUGCAAUAAAAUACUGCACUAUUCAAAGUAACAUAAUAUAUAUACUAUAUAUAUUGUACAGAUUCAUCACUUGAAGUUAUGGAAGAAUUAGAUUUAUCUACCCAUUCCAGAAACAUGCCAAAUGCUUCGACCUAUCAAGGUAAGUAACGUUUACCCAAUUUUAGAGCACCAAUUGUUAUCUUUGUUACACUUAAUUGUUUGUAGAGUUUGAUUACUGGCCACACCUAUAUACAGUAAGCCACAGUCAGUGAAACUGCAAGGUUAUAAUGAUUGGUUAUUUAUAUUUGCAGGUACUACCAAUUUUCUGCAAAAAAAUCCUACAUUUAUGGAAGAUAGUGUUGUAGAAAUGGAUCUUAAAUGUAAUAAAGACACAG